AUGGCUCAACUCCUCGGCCAUCCACUUCCCCCGACUCCUCCCCCGGCAAUCUACUCCCCUCCACUCCGAACCGACUCUCCUCGUAUAAUAGAGCCGCCUUCGCAAGACCGGGACAAUACCGCCUACUCUCCUUAUGAUCACCAUCAUUCAAAGUCCCUCUCCACAUCUCAAGACGGAGAUGGUCACAUCCUUCCUCCCGAAGCCGCCUUGUCUAGGUCUUCGGAUCCCAUUGCUCCCAACAGAUCCUUGACUCCCCAGCCUGCUCUUGGUCAAGAUCCCAAUAGACUAUCACCAUCUCCCCAGGUGAUGGUCAGGCGAAGGCCCGUUGAGGGUCAAGGUUCCGCCGGUCUUACCCCCGAACAUCGAAGAAUUGCUUCCGAGAACCUCACCCCUAAGGACGGUGAAAUUUUGACCCCCUUUCAGAAGCGGUCCAUGAGACAUGCUUCCACCUCCGUCCUGGAUUCUGAGCAAUCCUCCGAAUCUUUCGAACCUCUACGCUACCAUCAUCAUGCACUCGAUGAGCAAGACUUGAGUAAAAGAGCCUCCAGGCUUACCGUGGCCACUGAUGGCUCAGGGCCCAGCAACAGCGCUCGAAACUCCACCUAUGGCUAUAACGUGCAAAGACCAAUCUCCUCCUACUCAAAUGCCUCCGAUUUCAGAGGUCGUACCAACUCUCCACAACUCUCGCCGGCCCGGCCGGUAUCCAGACAUUCCAGAUCCCCUGAUACGAGGCCUUUGUCAUAUGUCGACUUGUUGAACGUCCCCUACCCCCAGCCUGCACCCAGUGGGGCAGAGAACCUCAUCAACUCCGGCCUGCGUACCGUUAUUGGAGCAAAUGCCUCUCUCCUGUCCACGAGGAAAACCCUUGAGAUGUAUCGUCAAAAUGUCAAGAAAACAAACGAUCCGGCCGUCCAGUAUGAGUUUGCAGUCUUCAUGAUCAGUGCUGCCCAGGAAGAUGGUCUCGAGGCAGAUCAUGCUUCCGUGUCGGCUGUGUCUGACAAGUCUCAUACCUCUGUAAGAGAAGAUCUUCUGAAGGAGGCCAAGCACAUCCUGCAGAAAUUGUCCGAUCGCUCCUAUCCUUUUGCCCAGUAUUACCUCGCCGAUGGCUACGCCUCUGGCUUAUUCAACAAAGGACGUGAAGACUGGGAGCGAGCUUUCCCCCUGUUCCUCGCUGCUUCCAAACAUGGCCAUGCCGAAGCGGGGUACCGCACUGCCUUGUGUUACGAGUUUGGUUGGGGCACCCGGAUCGAUGCAGCCAAGGCAGUUCAAUUUUACCAACAAGCCGCCAGCAAAAAUCACCCGGGUGCUAUGCUUCGACUCGGACGCGCCUGUCUGAUGGGCGAUAUGGGACUGGUCAAACGUUAUCGAGAAGGUGUUCGGUGGCUCAAACGGGCCGCUGAAUCGGCCGAUCAUCAAUACAAUCAAGGUCCAUACGAUUUAGGUUGUCUCCAUGAGACAGGAUACGGGCCCGAUGUGUUUGCCGACGAAGCAUAUGCUGCCCAGUUAUAUACCAAAGCGGCGGAUCUAGGUCAUGUCGAAGCAAAUUUCCGGCUUGGUAAAGCCUACGAAUUUGGCCAACUGGGAUGUCCCAAGGAUGCAGCGCUAAGUAUCCAUUUUUACACAGGCGCUGCGGAACGUGGUCAUGCAGAAUCCCAAAUGGCCUUGUGCGCCUGGUAUAUGGUGGGUGUCGAGAAUGUUCUAGAGAAGGACGAGAGCGAAGCAUAUGAGUGGGCCAAAAGAGCUGCGGCCCAAGGUCUAGCAAAGGCACAAUAUACUCUUGGAUAUUUCACAGAGAUGGGCAUAGGAUGCCGUCGAGACCCCCUAGAAGCCAACGUCAUGUACGUAAGUGCUGCGGACCAAGGUGAAGAAAGAGCCAAACAUCGCAUUGCCGCAAUCAGAGCGGCUUCCAACGGUGCCGAUCCACUCACUGCUGCUUCUGCUAGCAGAAAGAGCGCGUUAAUCGCGAGCAAGAGUGCAGGGAAUAUUGGACCGCAGGGUGAGCAUAUCCCGGUAUAUCAGUCCCUGAGUGUACAGUUACUAACCAUGGAAAUUACAGAAGGAGAAAAGAAAAAGAAAUUCGGCAUAUUCUAG